AUGAAUCGAUUCAAGUUUGGUGACUCCGACGAGUCUGGCUCGGAUUUCGACGAGGAUUCCUCUUCCCUUCCCUUCCCCGAACCGUUAUCCCGCACGUCGUUCCUGGCCCCUGAUUUCGAUCCCACUACCUUCCUGUCGUCCUUGACAAAUCGGCAUCAAAGUCUUGAAGACCUGCGACAGGAAUUGCGGAGUCUAGAACAAGUCCUCAAUAAAGAGCUAUUGGAUCUCGUCAACGAAAACUACCAAGACUUCCUUUCUCUGGGAACUGCAUUGCGCGGAGGCGAGGAGAAAGUCGAAGGAGUCAAAGUGGGGUUGCUAUCGUUCCGUCGAGAUGUACAGUCAAUUCGUGAUAAGGUGGAAGAGCGACGCCGAGAAGUAGAGGGGCUAUUGAACGAAAAGCGACAGCUCCGGUCACAUGCAGACAUCGGCAAGAACCUAUUGGAUUAUGCAGACCGAGUGGAGGAAUUGGAACAUCGCCUGAUGAUUGAAGACCAAUCAUCUCUUUAUGAAGCUCCAAUCGAUGACGAAUCGGAUGUGGAAUCCGAUCUAUACGGCAGCGACAGCAAAGAUAGUGAUGACGACGAAGAGCUGGAAGAUGGAACAGCUCCUGUGUCGCUCAAGCGACUAGAGCGACAUGUUCAGAAGUAUGUCUUCCUGACCUCCAUUGCCACCACAGUAGGCAAGGAUCACCCAUUCCUGCUUUCGCAACAGCCACGUGUGUCGAAGAUCAAGUCUACAAUGCUGUUGGAUUUAAAGACUGCCUUGGAACAGGCCAGUCAUAUUCGUGAUAAGCGGGAUGCGAGGACAAUGGCUGUCUUGCGUUUGUACGAAUUGAUGGGCGAGGAUGUCAGUGCUGUGGCAGCACUGAAGAACUUAAAACUAUAA